GAUGAUGUGUACACAAAUUCUUAGUCAUUCAAUAAAAUUUAAAAUUUUAGGAAAUUGAAGUGAUAUAAAAAGUAAAAAACACACCAUGGGUAUUAACGUUAAUGUCAGCAAACCCUUGGAUGUAAGUGGAAAUGAUCUGCUGAGCCAGUUUUGUGGAAAAACGCACAUUUCACCCGACAAUAUAGAAUUUUGGGAUUCAUUUCUUAAAUUCACAAUAAAAAUGCCGAACAGUUCAGAAGAACAACUUAAUCUCGAUUCCCGCCUUGAGUCUUCUCUUGAAGCAUUCAUACAAAACAACCUGACAUCUGGAAAUCUUGGAUCGCUCAUCACAAUUUUCCUACAAAAAGCAUCUGAUGUGUUAUCACUUAAUGACACUGAAAGUCAUUUACACGUCUACAAACUGUACAACUGUGUAUUUAUUUUGCGUGUUCUUAUCAAAUAUAUUUUGGAAAUCGGAAGUGAAUUUCUUCUUCUUCAACAUUUUGAAGCUUUGCCGAGAGUCACUGAGAAAAAUGGAACGACAUCAUCAAGUCAAGUAUCAGUAUCGAUGGAAAGCAAUAGUAAUCAAGUAAAAACAAAGACAAUUGAUGGAACAAAGUUUGAUGCAGUUCUCGAGUCAAUCUUCAAUAUAAUUUGUGUAAUUCCACAAAAGGAAUUCACGUAUCAUCUCCAUCUCGAAUGUGUGAACGUGAUUAUUGUUCUCUGUUCAGUUUAUCUUUAUAAUCAGCAGACAACUGACAAAUCCACAAUAUUCCGGACAAUUUACAAAUGCAAAUAUGCGUCAACACUUCUUGCAACUUUACUUCAUUUCGUCAGUCGAACGACACCAGCUCCACCAACUGCUUAUGGAUUAUCAAACACUGGCGGCUCAUUUGUCUUUGGACUCGCCGAAUCCUUCUGGUCAAUGCUGACAUUUUCAAAGAAACCAGAUGCAUUAGAUUCAGAUCUUCCCAAGAGCUUCAAAGAAAAUUUUCCUCUAGCAAAUCAAAGUUUAUUGCUUAUUCUCAUUCUCACCAAUCACAAUGCUGACGAUUCAGUGGACAUUCAAAAUAAUCCCUACAGAUAUAGUUUAUUCAACUGUUCUAAUUCAACUGAAUUAGUGAAGGAUGAAGUUGGAUCGUUUAAAAUUGAUUUUGCGGGAUUAUAUCAAACAUUAUGCAAAAUUACUCAUCUCGAUCACACAACUUUGUUGCUUUAUCUUUUACUUCAUCGGAAUGAGAAAUUCUACAAAUUUGUUAUGGCUCAACCUAAUCUCCAAGAGCUUGUCAUUCCGAUACUUCAAAUACUUUACAAUGCACCCGACAGCAGUUCACAUCACAUUUACAUGUCGCUGAUUGUAUUGCUGAUUCUCUCAGAAGAUGAAGGAUUCAAUAAAUCUGUUCACAACAUUAUGUUGAGGAAUAUUCAAUGGUAUACAGAGCGAAGUAUAUCGGAAAUCUCUCUCGGUGGUCUUUUGAUUCUUGUGAUCAUUCGGACAGUUCAAUAUAACAUGUUAAAAGUUCGUGAUAAAUAUCUUCACACGAAUUGUCUCGCAUGUCUCGCUAACAUGUCGUCGCAAUUCCGAUAUCUUCAUCAAUAUGUGUCACAGAGGCUUGUUUCAUUAUUUGAAACGCUUGCUAAAAAGCAUGGACGACUUCAGACUCAACUAGAAAGUAUUAAACAAGCAGAAACCAGUGUAGUUGAUGUCACAGAAGAUGUGAUUCAAGAUAUGAAUGUAUUGGAAGAAGUUUUAAGAAUGGUGCUGGAAAUUAUCAAUUCGGCUCUCUCACAUCAACUUCAAUUCUGUCCUAAUCUUGUGUAUACAUUGCUGUACAAAAGACAUGUUUUUGAAUCGUUCCGGAGUCAUCCAGCUUUUCAAGAUAUCAUUCAAAAUAUUGACAUGGUGAUUGGAUUCUUUACAAGCAGACUUCAAAGAGUUCAAGAUCAACGUGGUGAACUUGGAGUAACCGAAGUCUAUGAAGUAAUCAGCAAAGGUUCCCAACAAUGGAGUUCUGAUCGUUUACGAAAGUUUGCCGAGCUUCGCUUUAAAUAUGUUGAUGAAGAAGGCAACGAGAAGAGCUACUUCCUGCCUUACAUUUAUUCAUUGACUAGCAAAGGCGUAAUUCCUUUCUCUGAAGGCGAGAAAUUAAUGGCUGAAGUUUAAUUUCCCCUCAUUCUUUCUGUUUUGUCAUCAUAUCUUUGCAUAGCGGUCAAAAUAUUUGUUUCCUUUCAUAAAUUUUUCUGAUUUCCCUCGUACUUUAAAUUGAAAAAAAAUUAAAAAUUUCAAUCAAAUGUCAAGAAAUAUCUCUUGAAGUCAAUCAAAGUGGAAAGAUUUAAAUUUUUUUGCAACUUUGAAGCUUAAAAUGGAAACCUUGACAUGACUUCAGCUAGACGUUGUGCAACAUGAUGACGAUUAGUAAACAAAUUUGUAAGCUUUAUCAUUUUACCCAAUAAAAAAUGAUGAAAUAACUGAAUGAAAUAUUAAAUGAAAAAUAUUUAAAGAAAUUUGAAAACAAAAGUGAGUUUCUUUUUGGCGACGUAGAAAGAAAAU